UGGUUGUCGGACAACUCAGGAACCUGGAUAUAUCACACAGCAACAUUGAAUGGUCUGAUGACUUACCCAUGGAGGUGGUUAAAGAUCGUAAACCCUUCAGAGAGUGCAAAGAAGGUCUAUAUAAUCAAACCACCUCCCCUUCCCCCUUCCCUAGCUUGGAUCACAGCUCCAUGACCACCUGUAAAGUGUCUUCCACUGGACAGGAAAGUGGCCUGUCCAGCAGCAGUAGCAGAGGGGAGGCUGAAGAUUUAGAGCUUACAGAGCUUGGGCCACUUCUGGAAUCAGAAAAGGAAAGAACUGGGCAAACAUCAGCCUGUGGAGAUGAAAACCAAGGAAGCAAAGUGUCUCAGGAGGAGGAGGAGGAGGAGGAGGAAGAAGUGAGGAUUUUGACUUUGCCUCUCCAGGCCCAUCAUGCCAUGGAAAAAAUGGAGGAGUUUGUAUACAAGGUGUGGGAAGGGCGCUGGAGAGUCAUCCCAUAUGACGUGCUUCCUGACUGGCUGAAAGACAAUGAUUAUCUUCUCCAUGGUCACCGCCCCCCAAUGCCAUCAUUCAGAGCCUGUUUCAGAAGCAUCUUCCGAAUACACACAGAGACUGGGAACAUAUGGACUCAUUUACUAGGAUUUGUCCUCUUUCUCUUUCUGGGAGUUUUGACGAUGCUGAGACCCAACAUGUAUUUCAUGGCCCCUUUACAAGAGAAGGUUGUAUUUGGGAUGUUUUUUCUGGGGGCCGUGCUAUGUCUCAGCUUCUCCUGGCUCUUCCACACUGUGUAUUGUCAUUCAGAAAAGGUUUCCCGUACCUUCUCAAAGCUUGACUACUCUGGCAUUGCUUUGCUGAUAAUGGGGAGCUUUGUUCCAUGGCUCUAUUACUCCUUCUACUGCUCCCCUCAACCACGUCUUAUAUAUCUAUCAAUUGUCUGUGUGCUUGGGAUCAGUGCAAUAGUCGUAGCACAAUGGGAUCGCUUUUCCACACCCAAACAUAGGCCGACUAGAGCAGGUGUGUUUCUUGGACUUGGCCUAAGUGGCAUUGUGCCAACUCUUCACUUCACUAUUGCAGAGGGCUUUGUAAAGGCAACCACGGUUGGUCAGAUGGGAUGGUUCUUCCUCAUGGCAGUCAUGUAUAUAACAGGUGCUGGACUGUAUGCAGCUCGAAUCCCUGAGCGUUUCUUUCCUGGUAAAUUUGAUAUCUGGUUUCAAUCCCAUCAAAUCUUUCAUGUACUGGUUGUAGCAGCAGCAUUUAUUCACUUCUAUGGAGUAUCCAACCUGCAAGAAUUUCGAUAUGGCUUAGAAGGUGGCUGUACAGAUGAUUCCCUUCUGUAACCAGCAAUGAGCAACAGGGCACAAGAUCUUCACCCUUCCAUAUUUGGCAGAUUUUUAAGUAUUACCCAAGAGCUGAAUUAGACUACCAACUACAAUUUGUUAUCUAGACUGGAAAAUAUUUAAACUGUGGGUCUAUUUUGAUUGGAUGGCAUAAUUUGGGAUGUAAUGGUUGCUCAUGCAUAGCAACCCACAAGAGGAGAAAUUUGGCCAUUAUUAUGAAUACAAGAAAGUUAUAAUUUUGUAAAGGAAAAUGCCAAUGCUAAUAAUUUGGUUGAAAACUACAUUACAUGUACAUACAGCAUUGAAAAUAUGAGCGAACGUCCCUAAGAGCUAAGUCUAAAUAGACUGCUCAAGAGAUCUGAAAGACCAUUUGCUAGUUAAAACGUUAUAUGUGGUAUCUAAGGUAUUCAUUUCAGGAUAACCAAAUCUUGUUUUCUGAUAUCUUUCUGUUACAGAUGCAACCUUGAAUAAUUUCUGACUUCUUUAAGGUUAAUGGAUAUUGAAGUGGAGUAUGUAUUUUGGGAUUUUAUGAUGUACAGGCUUUAUGCACAAUAUGCAUAAUCUAGUUAAUGCCUUAUAUAAAUGGCCAUUACCCAACUUGGCCUAGAAAACUAACCCUCAUUAUUCACAACCCUGCAAGAUUUAUUGAAGACUUUAGUGAUAUUAACAGCUUGUAAUUAAAAGGAUGAUUUUAUUGCCUCUCCUUUUUGUACUUUACAAUGUAUGUGAAAGCAGCAUUUCUUUUCCAAGAGAUAUAUGCUGCAUUAAAGAAUGAUACAAAGUAAGUUUUUAUGUGUAUAUAUUUUGCCCAAAAGUGAGUUAGUCCAAGAUCUAGAGAAGCCAAAUGGCUGCAUGACAUACAAUGAUGCAGAUUAUGUAAAUACUGAUAACCUGUGAUGUAUUAAGCUGCUGUAUAUUUACAUUUUUUUGAACAUGUUAUGUUAUAUAAUCAUAAGCAUCCCUGUGCACUUAAAAUUCUAUUUAAUGAUACGUACCCUAUAAAAUUGUGGUGAUUUUAAGAUUCUCAUUGUUUGUGUAUGUAAAUACUCUAGUCACUUGUAUACACAGCACAGUAUAACUAAUAUAAAUCUGUACCAAGUCUUAAGUAGUGAUUUCCACUGAUUAGUUAUGUUUAGUAUUAUUAUUUAAAGGGACAUGAAAGCCAUUUUAUUUCUUUCAGGAUUCAGACAUACAAUUUUAAACAACUUACCAAUUUACUUCUAUUAUCAAAUCUGCUUUAUUCCCUUGAUAUAUUUUUGCUGAAUGAGGAGCAAUGCACUACUAAGAGCUAGCUAAAUACAUCUAGUCAGCCAAUCACAAGAGACAAAUGUGUUCAGGGACCUAUCACCAGCUUGCUCCCACUAAUGUAGGACAGUGUUUCUCAAUGUUUUUUGUAGCAAGUACCCCUGGAGGCAUUACAGUUGUUUCCUAUUUACCUCAACUGUAGCACAAAUAUCAUUAAUCUUUACAUGAGCAAAAAAUGGAAAUCAUGUGUAUUGCUUGAUUUCAAAAGCUUGUAUCAGAUCAGAUAUAUUAAUAUAGUAAAUAUAUAGGAAUCAGAUAUUUGUUUUAUGUUUUCUGAAAAUUAAUAUUUGGCAAUAUUACAACAGAAUAAAUAUAUAAAACACGGA